CCCUGCUACCUCAUCCGCGCCCAGCAGCUGCUGCUGAGCACUCCUUAAGUGGAUGUGCCAUAAUCCUCUUCCCUUCAUCCCCCAGGGAGGAUGAGCUGGUGUUAAGACUAAUGCAGCCGAUAAUCCUAUUUCCUCCCAGCCAUGAUCCCCAGGAGCAGCUGGGUGGAGGGUGUCUGGGCUCUGAACUGAGAAAGAAGAGGCCUUAGCUAGAGCUGCUGUCCCAGGAGGCCAGGCUAGAUCAGAUACAUUGAUUAUGACUCAGAGGCUUCUAAGGGCUACCAGUGGCUCAAGCUGCCUUGAGAGUAACUAAGCUCCCCAUUACCAGAGCUAUGAGAGCAGGAGCCCAACAGCGAUUCCAGAGCAGAGGGUGGGCCGGGAUUCCUGGCUGGGGUGGAGUCCCUUACAGCUGUGCAAGGCCAGAAUUUUGUGUGAACAGUUGCUGCCUCUAAAAGCUAACCAACCAGAGGGGAAUAACAAAAUACCUAUGCUGGGGACUUAUCACUUCCAGACAGACAGUGCCAAUCACCGCAUUUAGCCUAUUGGUUCUGCCCUCUUCUGAACCUACCUCUGUCUUCCCUGGGCACUUGGAGAUCUUCAGGCCAGACCCAUAUCUGCGUAGCCUCUGUGUCUUCAGUCUUGCACAGGCCUCUGCGUUCUGGCACAGGCCUUGUACUCUGAGCUUAAGAAGGAAGAUGGUGAGAUGGAUGAAACCUGGGCCUUCUGGGAAUGCCACAGGGUUUGGAAAAGCCCGAAGGGAAGUGCAGAGAAGCUCGGUCCAUCGAGGCCAUGGAAGUGGAGUCCGCGGAGGCCCGGUCCCCAGCCCCCGGCUACAAGCGCUCCGGCCGCCGCUACAAGUGCCUGUCCUGUACCAAGACGUUUCCAAAUGCCCCCCGGGCAGCGCGCCAUGCUGCUACACAUGGGCCUGCAGACUGCGCAGAGGAAGUGGCCGAGGUGAAGCUGAAGCCAGAGACAGAACCCAAAGCGGAGGAGGCCGGUGGGGACAAGGUGUCAGGUACAGCGGCUAAGCCUCGGCCUUAUGCAUGCCCGCUGUGCCCCAAGGCCUACAAAACGGCGCCCGAGCUGCGCAGUCACGGGCGCAGCCACACGGGCGAGAAGCCCUUCCCUUGCCCCGAGUGCGGCCGCCGCUUCAUGCAGCCCGUGUGCCUGCGAGUGCACCUAGCCUCGCACGCCGGCGAGCUGCCCUUCCGCUGUGCACACUGCCCCAAAGCCUACGGCGCGCUCUCCAAGCUCAAGAUCCACCAGCGCGGUCACACCGGCGAGCGGCCCUAUGCCUGCGCCGACUGCGGCAAGAGCUUCGCCGACCCUUCGGUGUUCCGCAAGCACCGGCGCACGCACGCCGGCCUGCGGCCCUACGGCUGCGAGCGCUGCGGCAAGGCCUACGCCGAGCUCAAGGACCUGCGCAACCACGAGCGGUCCCACACCGGUGAGCGGCCCUUCCUCUGCUCAGAGUGCGGGAAGAGCUUCUCCCGCUCGUCCUCGCUCACGUGUCACCAGCGCAUCCACGCGGCGCAGAAGCCCUACCGCUGCCCAGCCUGUGGCAAGGGCUUCACGCAGCUCAGCUCCUACCAGAGCCACGAGCGCACGCACUCCGGCGAGAAGCCCUUCCUGUGCCCGCGCUGUGGCCGCAUGUUCUCCGACCCCUCGAGCUUCCGGCGCCACCAGCGGGCGCACGAGGGCGUGAAGCCUUACCGCUGCGAGAAGUGCGGCAAGGACUUCCGGCAGCCGGCGGACCUGGCCAUGCACCGGCGGGUGCACACCGGCGACCGGCCGUUCAAGUGCCUGCAGUGUGACAAGACGUUCGUGGCGUCCUGGGACCUCAAGCGGCAUGCGUUGGUGCACUCAGGCCAGCGGCCCUUCCGCUGUGAGGAGUGUGGGCGAGCCUUCGCUGAGAGAGCCAGUCUCACGAAACACAGCCGGGUGCACUCGGGGGAGCGCCCCUUCCACUGCAACGCUUGCGGAAAGUCCUUUGUGGUAUCGUCAAGCCUGAGGAAGCAUGAGCGGACCCAUCGAAGCAGUGAGGCCGCAGGGGCUCCCCCGCAACAGGAGCUAGUAGUGGGGUUGGCACUGCCUGUGAGCAUGGCAGGCGAGGGCUCAGCGGCCCCGGCAGCAGGUGCAGGGUUAGGGGACCCUCCAGCAGGGCUGCUAGGGCUACCCCCGGAAUCCAGUGGUGUGAUGGCCACCCAGUGGCAAGUGGUGGGCAUGACAGUGGAGCAUGUGGAGUGCCAAGAUGCGGGGGUUGGGGAGGCUCCUGGUCCUUUGGGGGGGGCAGGCGAGGUGGGGGGUGAGGAGGUUGAUGAGAAGCCACCACAGUUUGUGUGCCGGGAGUGCAAGGAGACGUUCUCCACGCUGACGUUGCUGCGACGGCACGAGCGCUCACACCCAGAGCUCCGGCCCUUUCCCUGCACCCAGUGCGGCAAGAGCUUCUCAGACCGGGCUGGGCUGCGCAAGCAUAGCCGCACCCACAGCUCUGUGCGCCCCUACACCUGCCCCCACUGCCCCAAGGCCUUCUUGAGUGCCAGUGACCUGCGUAAGCACGAACGCACCCACCCUGUGCCCAUUGGGACCCCCACACCCUUGGAGCCCCUUGUGGCUUUGCUAGGAAUGCCUGAAGAGGGGCCAGCCUGAGGCCCAUGCCCCCUUGCCACACUCCUAGGAUCCCAGCCCCACAGGGUGCCUCCUAAACCUCCCUUUGCCCCAGCUCACUCUUUAGACUCCAGAUCCCUGCCCCUCUGGCAGCUAACUCACCUUCCCAACAAAGAGAGCUGGGACAGUGGAGGCUGGCAGCAGCUGUUGAGAGACAUGGUUCUCUUUGAGCAACACUCAUUAAAGGAUUCACUUUGACACUG